AACAUUAGGCCCACAAAGCCCGAGAAUGGCCCGCCUCAUCGAGCCCAUAAACUCCACACCUUCUCCUCCCCACCCGAAAACCCUAGCGGCUCCCUCCUCUCCCAGAUCUCCCUUCGCAGCCGCCGGGUCCCCUUCACACCCGCGGAAGAUGGCGGAUCAGGAGGCUCCAGCUGCAGUUGAGGCAUCUACCCCAGUUCUUGGGGAUCCAAUGGACUUGAUGACUGCUCUGCAGCUUGUGAUGAAGAAGUCAAGUGCUCAUGAUGGGCUUGUGAAGGGUCUUCGUGAGGCUGCCAAGGCCAUUGAGAAGCAUGCCGCUCAGCUUUGCGUGCUUGCUGAUGACUGCGACCAACGUGAUUAUGUCAAGCUGGUGAAGGCACUGUGUGGCGGGCACAAUGUUCACCUGGUCACUGUGCCUAGCGCUAAAACUCUUGGCGAGUGGGCUGGGCUUUGCAAGAUUGACUCUCAGGGGAAGGCAAGGAAGGUUGUAGGAUGCUCCUGUGUCGUUGUCAAGCAGGACUAUGGUGAAGAAUCUGAGGGCCUUAACAUAGUGCAGGAGUACGUCAAAUCGCACUAGAUACAGCAUGGUUCUGGGGCUUGCUAGGAGAUUAGAACAAUUUGCUAAGUGAGCCAAGAGGAUACAAGCAAUUUGGACAUCUUUUUUUUUUGUUUAUGGUGCUGCCAUGCGGUUUUAAUGAAAAUCGUCAAGAGCUGAGGCUGUCUUUGGAUGUUUCCAUCGAUGUCGAUGUCUGCCGGUUAUACUCUGGGGUUGUGCACUUGCAGUUACUGGUCCUGUUUGGUUUAGUAGCGCUAGGUACUGUAGCAAACUUUGACCAUCAAUUAGUGGUAUUAAAUAAAGAUAAUUUACAAAACUAACUCCA